AUGGCCUCUGCCCGCCCCGCGCGGGGGCCGGAGCUCCCACUCCUGGGGCUGCUGCUGCUGCUGCUGGGGGGCCCGAGCCGGGGGGCAGCCUCGAGCGGGAACGCGACCGGGCCUGGGCCGCGGAGCGCGGGCGGGAGCCCCAGAAGGAGCGCGGCCGUCACCGGCCCGCCGCCGCUCCUGAGCCACUGCGGCCGGGCAGCCCCCUGCGAGCCUCUGCGCUACAACGUGUGCCUGGGCUCGGCGCUGCCCUACGGGGCCACCUCCACGCUGCUGGCCGGAGACUCGGACUCCCAGGAGGAAGCGCACGGCAAGCUCGUGCUCUGGUCGGGCCUCCGGAAUGCCCCCCGCUGCUGGGCAGUGAUUCAGCCCUUGCUGUGUGCCGUGUACAUGCCCAAGUGUGAGAAUGACCGGGUAGAACUGCCCAGCCGCACCCUGUGCCAGGCCACCCGAGGCCCCUGUGCCAUCGUGGAGAGGGAGCGAGGCUGGCCUGACUUCCUGCGCUGCACCCCCGACAACUUCCCUGAAGGCUGCCCGAAUGAGGUCCAGAACAUCAAGUUCAACAGUUCGGGCCAGUGCGAAGCACCCUUGGUUCGGACUGACAACCCCAAGAGCUGGUAUGAGGAUGUGGAGGGCUGCGGGAUCCAGUGCCAGAACCCUCUCUUCACGGAGGCCGAGCACCAGGACAUGCACAGCUAUAUCGCGGCCUUUGGGGCUGUCACGGGCCUGUGCACACUCUUCACCCUGGCCACGUUUGUGGCUGACUGGCGGAACUCCAAUCGCUACCCUGCUGUUAUUCUCUUCUACGUCAACGCGUGUUUCUUUGUGGGCAGCAUCGGCUGGCUGGCCCAGUUCAUGGAUGGUGCCCGCCGGGAGAUUGUCUGCCGUGCAGAUGGCACCAUGAGGCUUGGAGAGCCCACCUCCAAUGAGACCCUGUCCUGCGUCAUCAUCUUUGUCAUCGUGUACUACGCCCUGAUGGCUGGUGUGGUCUGGUUUGUUGUCCUCACCUAUGCCUGGCACACCUCCUUCAAAGCCUUGGGCACCACCUACCAGCCUCUCUCAGGCAAGACCUCCUACUUCCAUCUGCUCACAUGGUCACUCCCCUUCGUCCUGACCGUGGCAAUCCUUGCUGUGGCCCAGGUGGAUGGGGACUCCGUGAGCGGCAUCUGUUUUGUUGGCUACAAGAACUACCGAUACCGUGCUGGCUUUGUGCUGGCCCCAAUUGGCCUGGUGCUCAUUGUGGGAGGCUACUUCCUCAUCCGAGGAGUCAUGACUCUAUUCUCCAUCAAGAGCAACCACCCUGGGCUGCUGAGUGAGAAGGCUGCCAGCAAGAUCAAUGAGACCAUGUUGCGUCUGGGCAUUUUUGGCUUCCUGGCCUUUGGCUUUGUGCUCAUUACCUUCAGCUGCCACUUCUACGACUUCUUCAACCAGGCUGAGUGGGAGCGCAGCUUCAGGGACUACGUGCUAUGCCAGGCCAAUGUGACCAUUGGGCUGCCCACCAAGAAGCCCAUUCCUGACUGUGAGAUCAAGAAUCGCCCUAGCCUCCUGGUGGAGAAGAUCAACCUGUUUGCCAUGUUUGGAACCGGCAUAGCCAUGAGCACCUGGGUCUGGACCAAGGCCACACUGCUCAUCUGGAGGCGUACCUGGUGCAGGUUGACUGGGCAGAGUGAUGAUGAGCCCAAACGGAUCAAGAAGAGCAAGAUGAUCGCCAAGGCCUUCUCUAAGCGGCGUGAGCUACUGCAGAACCCGGGCCAGGAGCUGUCCUUCAGCAUGCACACCGUCUCACACGACGGGCCCGUGGCGGGUUUGGCCUUUGACCUCAAUGAGCCCUCAGCUGAUGUCUCUUCUGCCUGGGCCCAGCAUGUCACCAAGAUGGUGGCUCGGAGAGGAGCCAUACUGCCCCAGGAUGUUUCUGUCACCCCUGUGGCAACCCCAGUGCCCCCUGAGGAACAUGCCAACCUCUGGCUGGUAGAAGCAGAGAUCUCCCCAGAGCUGCAGAAGCGCCUGGGCCGGAAGAAGAAGAGGAGGAAGAGGAAGAAGGAGGUGUGCCCUCUGGGGCCACCCCCAGAGCUUCACCAUGCUGCUCCUGCCUCCAGUGCUGUUCCUCGACUGCCUCAGCUGCCCCGGCAGAAAUGUCUGGUGGCAGCGGGCACCUGGGGAGCCAGUGAGCCCUGCCGACAGGGAACCUGGGCUCUGGUCUCCAACCCAUUCUGCCCAGAGCCUAGUCCCCUCCAGGAUCCAUUCCUGCCCAGUGUGCCUGCCCCCAUGGCCUGGGCUCACGGCCGCCGGCAGGGUCUGGGUCCCAUACAUUCCCGCACCAACCUGAUGGAGGCAGAGCUCAUGGAUGCGGACUCGGACUUCUGAGCCUGUAACUGGAAAGAUGGGAACAAAUAUCUCUCCAGGCUCUUAAUGCUUCCCUAGGAUCUUGUCUUCCAGAGAACCUGUGGGCCAGGUGCCUUGCCAGGAGAGUUCUGUAUGUCUGGCUCAAGGCAGCAGGACUGUAGGAAAGAGCCCAACAUCUCUGUGGUGGGCUCAGGGCCCUUGUUACUUCCCUACCAGCUGGAGUCUGAUUGGCAGCAUCAGUCUCCAACAGGGUCAUGGGGUACACAGAAAUUGUGGUGUGGCAGUAAUGGCAGAGGCAGGGGUGACACUACCUGGAGUGUGCUGUGAUACCCAGGGAGGCAGCCAAGCCUAUGUCAGACAAGGGCUGGCUGCCCAUUUCUGGGUGGAUGAGUGCCCUAUCCUGGCACUCUCAGACCAAAAGUGUUUAUUGUGUCAUUAGUUCUUUGCCUAAGUAGGGACAGGGCUCUGAUUUCCUCUCCUAGGUGGUCAUGGGGCUGGGAGGGGCCAGAACCUCUCCUGACAGGUGGCCCUACUCCACAUCCAUUCUCAGUUUCCUUGUCCUUCUCCUCUCCUAUUUCAGUUUAGCCAGGCCAACCUCUUUCUGUUGAUUAGGACUCGGAGCGGCAGCACACACACUUACACCCCCACCCUACCCUCACCAUGCGCUCAGCACCAUCUCCAGGGGAGAGAGUGAUUCAACUCUAGCACCUUGGCCUGGUGUGGAACAGAAGCAGUAAAUGGCGAGGCCUCAGACAGACACAUUAUCUCUUCCUCAUACCCAUUCGGUGGGGGUGGGUCCUCUUGACUUGAGAGGCUACCUUGGGAGCUGCUGUAGCUUCAGCCAGGCAAGAAAGCUUCCUUCAACCUCCAAACAGGUCCCCACAGCCCCCCUUUGAAGAACCAGACAGCAGCAAGUUGUAGAAGCUGGCUGGGUUCCAUGCUGGGGGAUAGAGAUGGGGAGAAGAAAUAUAAACAGUAAAUAAAAGGGUUUUGUAUAAA